CUCGUGCGCGGGCGUGAAUGGCGCAAGAGCAUUGAAUCCAGCGGGCGCUUCAGUGGCGCGAGAGCCACCGACUCAGAUGGCUGUCUCUUGGGUCGCCCUGGUCGCACUCGCGGCUACCGCGCUCGGGGCCUCUAUCGCACCGGAGAAGCAAGUGUUGGAGAAGUCUUCAUGUGGCCGCGUGUGGGUCACAGUGCACUCGCCAGAGAUCCGAGUAUCUGGCUCGGCGAGAUUAGUGGACGCCGUCGAGCUCAACUGGGACUUCAAUGGAUGCUCCAACAUACCUAGACAAAUUGGACUUUUCGAUGCCCGACCAACGUCAUGGGACAACGCUAUGUCGAUAUUCUCUAUCAACGAGGAAGAUGGGCAUGCAGUGACCAGCAUAUCUCUUGGGGAAGGGGCCUUGCCUGCCGGCUGGGACGUGGGCCCGGGACACAAAGGUCCACACUGUUUGUGGCCCUGGGUGGCCGCGGGAGACGACCAGAUACAGUCCUUCAACUGUCUGAAGAUUCAACCUACGUGGAUGGAAGAUAAUGCUGCAAAAAUCAACCAUCUCCGCAUAGGCGAGCUAGCGAUCGCGGGCACACACAACGCGGGCGCGUGGCGUUUCAACACAGAACUGAGCAGCGUCGCGCGAGACAGCUUCGUGCUCUGCCAAGACCGCUCCAUCUGGGCGCAGCUCGUGCAUGGUAUCAGAUACUUCGACUUCAGAAUCGCCUACUACGACUUCUAUGAUAAUGAAGAUGACAGAUAUUGGUUGAACCACAACUUAAUAAGAGUCCGUCCACUGGUGCCACUGCUUAAGGAAAUCAGAACCUUCCUGGAUCACACGAGAGAGGUGGUGUUCCUAGACGCUCAUCACUUCCCAAUGGGAUUCUACAACCAGGAUGGGUCCCCCAUCAGAAGCGUGCACGCGGGGCUUAUCCGAUUGGUGCAGAGGGAGUUGGGGCCUCACUUGGCCCUGGCUUCAGACUUCUCAACAGGGGCCGGCACUCGAGGCCCCACCUUGCAGUCGCUGCUCAACUCGGACAAGCGUCUGCUCUUCAGCUAUGUGGAUAACGCCAUUGUUUCUGAGAACACGUGGCUGUGGCCAAUUCUACCUCAUCUAUGGGCAAACACGAACAACCCGACCGAGUUGUUCCAGUACUUAGACCAGGCGGUGACAGUGUCCCCGCAACCGAACGCGCGUUCCCCGCUCCACUCUGCCAUGGCGCAGACCACACCGACGGUGUUAGACAUACUAUUCCUGCGCGGCUCCUUAAGGGAAAACGCCGAUGCUGUCAAUAGGAAUGUCACGGCUAGGUUAGCGACGAGGUGGCGGCAACACGCGAACAUAGUCUCGACUGACUUUUUCCUAGGCAACGACGUGAUAGACGUGUCGAUAAUUAUAAGUGUGGAGCGCGGGUCGCGGUUAUGACGGCGCAGCGCCGCCCGCGCGGCCCGCAGCGGAGGGCUACUACUGUCCCCUCGCUUAGCACGCGUGCUCGCCGUCCGCCGCUCCCCCUGGCUCCCGCUCGACCACAGAAACCGCUCCCAACCGCUACUUACCCGACCAAUUCACCUCGUUACCCCCGAUCAGAGAUAUCCGCUUUACAAAUGACACUGCCACAGCGGACAAUAGUGAGAUAUUUUUAGGUAUUUUAUUUGUAGAUAGACGAGCUAGUCCAUCGUUCCUAUGAGGAACGGAAAUUUUGUACAUUGUAAAUACAAGUUGUGCCAAAGUA